UAGUUUUAAAUGACUUUAUUGUUUUUCGAAGUAUUCUCCACGAAGCACUUAUUCCACUCGUUUGCUGGCAGAUCCCAAACGACAUUUUUGAAUGCGUCAACUGCUUCUUCUGGUGACUGGAACCUUUGAACACGCAGUCUGUUUUUAAUUUUCGGGAAAGUAAAGAAAUCGUUAGGACUUAGAUCGGGACUGUAUGGAGGAUGGUCCAGUAAUUCCACGUUUU